CCGCCCCCGCCCAGACCCGGAAGUGAGCGCCCGCCCCGUGGCCCCAGGCUCCGUCCCGCGCCGCCGGUCCGCGUUCUCGCCGGCCUCCCGCUGAGAGUGUGUCCGCGCGGCCCCGGGAUGUACAUGCUGGUGGAGACGCUCUCCAGCUCCCGCCUCCACCUGAAGAGGGCGCCGGGCAUCCGGUCCUGGUCCCUGCUGGUCGGAAUCCUGUCCAUUGGCCUGGCGGCUGCCUACUACAGUGCAGACAGCCUGGGCUGGAAGAUCUUCUACGUCACCGGCUGCCUGUUCGUGGCCGUGCAGAACCUGGAGGACUGGGAGGAAGCCAUCUUCGACAAGAGCGCCGGCAAGGUUGUGCUGAAGACGUUCAGCUUGUACAAGAAGCUGCUGACCCUCCUCCGAGCAGGCCACGACCAGGUGGUGGUCCUGCUGAACGACAUCCGGGACGUGAACGUGGAGGAGGAGAAGGUGCGCUACUUCGGGAAGGGCUACGUGGUGGUGCUGCGCUUCUCCACCGGCUUCUCCCACCCCCUCACCCAGAGCGCCAUCAUGGGCCACCACAGUGACGUGGAGGCCAUCGCCAGGCUCAUCACCAGCUUCCUGGACCUGCACCACCCGGAGAGCCCCGAGGAGCUGUCUCCGAGCAGCGACAGCGAGGCCGAGGGCCCCGCCGAGCAGGGCUGACCCGGCACCCGGCGCGCAUCCAUGGGGCCUCAGCAGGCCAGCCCUCCUCACCACCCAGCGUGUCCCUGGCAGCCCCCCGCCCUCUGCGCACAACCACACCGGGCUCCACAGACCUGCCUCCUGGAGCCCGGUGGCCCAGCCUGGUGGUGUGGGUGUGAGUGGUGUGGCUGGUCUGGGCUGACCCACCCCACAGCCCACCAGCUGGGCAUGCUCCAGCCUCUGAAAGGGGAGGGGAGCGGGCUCCCCAGGGCAGGGCCUGAGGCUGGUGUUCCCACCCCCGAUUGGCUGGCCACACGUCCCGGGGAACCCGCUGGACCAACCAGAAUGUGUGGGGCUGUCUGGGGGCGGAUCCCCUCCCCUUCCUGUCCCAUCCCCUCUGCUGGGCCACGCCCACUUGGCGAGAAGAGGUUCUCCCAGCCUCCUGCCCAGGUUCAGGCUGGGACCUCUCUGAGAAGACAGACCUGACAGCUGGGCCUGUUUGUGGGGCAGGAAGUGGGCCGCACCCACAGAACUGGGCACCGAGCACCCCAGCCGGUGCAGCAUGUGGGGCUGCCGCUGCCUGGGGACACGGACCGCAGUCUACGUUCUCCCCUCAGCGGGGCUGCGCCCACCUGGGCUUGGGAACGCGUUGCUGGACCUGCUAGUGGGUUCCACGUGAGCCGCUGGACUGAGUGUGCAGGACUGCCCUCCUGAGGCUGAGCAGCUCUGGGCGGGGGCAGGCAGGCAGGCCUGAGCCCCUCCCCGCCCCCGGGGACUGUGGGCCCUCGCCGGCCCUGUGAACACCCGGCGGUGAGAGGCCACGCUCCUGCCAGCACCUCUAGCUUUUCCUCCUUUUUAUUUCACGAGAAUUAAAGUUCUACGUGCAGAUCAGUGAGCGGG